AUGACAGGUUACAAUGUGGAAAGCUACAUUGACCUCCCACCGUAUUCACCUCUAAUGAGAACCAUGUUUCGGUCUCUUAGACGCGUCCAGCAGUUUAACUGCAACCUCCUGACUUUACAAAGACACAGUAUUAACUGUAAACUCCCUCUCUGCACGUCUAAGAUGGCCAGCUCAGAGUUCAGACUGGAGCGCGACACUUUCGGCGAGCUCAAGGUCCCAGCUGACAAGUACUACGGCGCUCAGACAGUCAGAUCAACCAUGAACUUCAAGAUAGGGGGACCGAGUGAGAGAAUGCCCAUCCAAGUGAUCAAGGCCUUCGGGAUCCUGAAGAGAGCGGCCGCUGAAGUCAACAAGGACUACGGCCUGGACCCAAAGGUAGCAGAUGCGAUCAUCCAGGCUGCAGAUGAGGUAUCAGCUGGUAAACUGGACGAUCAUUUCCCUCUUGUGGUGUGGCAGACUGGAUCUGGAACUCAGAGCAACAUGAACGUCAAUGAAGUGAUCAGCAACAGGGCUAUUGAGAUUCUAGGGGGAAAACUGGGCUCCAAGGAUCCUGUCCACCCUAAUGAUCACGUGAACAAGAGUCAGAGCUCCAAUGACACCUUCCCCACUGCCAUGCACAUUGCUGCAGCCACAGAGGUCCACCACGUCCUGCUGCCCGGUCUGCAGACUCUACAUGACGCUUUGGCUGCUAAAGCUGAAGAUUUCAAAGACAUCAUCAAGAUUGGACGCACACACACUCAGGAUGCUGUCCCUCUCUCACUUGGACAGGAGUUUGGGGGUUAUGUCCAGCAGGUGAAGUACAGCAUUGAGAGGGUGAAGAGUGCGAUGCCCAGAGUGUAUGAGCUGGCAGCAGGAGGCACAGCAGUAGGAACAGGACUCAACACCCGUAUUGGCUUUGCUGAGAAGGUAGCCUCCACUGUCUCCUCUCUCACAGGCCUGCCUUUUGUCACAGCACCCAACAAGUUUGAAGCUCUAGCAGCCCAUGAUGCUCUGGUGGAGCUGAGCGGAGCCCUGAACACUGUGGCUGUCAGCAUGAUGAAGAUCGCCAAUGACAUUCGCUUCUUGGGGUCAGGACCUCGGUCCGGUCUGGGGGAGCUCAUCCUGCCCGAGAACGAACCAGGGAGCAGCAUCAUGCCCGGCAAAGUGAACCCCACCCAGUGUGAAGCCAUGACCAUGGUGGCCGCCCAGGUCAUGGGGAACCAUGUCGCUGUCACCAUUGGAGGCAGCAAUGGACACUUUGAGCUCAACGUCUUCAAACCCAUGAUGAUCAAGAACGUGCUGAACUCUGCUCGGCUCCUCGGUGACGCCUCGGUCUCCUUCACCAACAACUGCGUGGUGGGCAUCCAGGCCAACACGGAGAGAAUCAACAAGCUCAUGAACGAGUCCCUCAUGUUGGUAACUGCACUCAACCCACACAUCGGUUAUGACAAAGCAGCAACCAUCGCCAAGACGGCUCACAAGAAAGGCUCCACGCUGAAGGCUGUGGCUGUGGAACUGGGCUACCUGACCGAGGAGCAGUUUGACCAGUGGGUGAAACCAAGUGAGAUGCUGGGGCCAAAGUAA